GACUGAAGAUAUAUUUUUUUCUUUUCUUUUGGGAUGAUAAUUUGUCGUCUUUUGAUCGGUGAAAGCUUUCAAGAAAUUUGUGCAAAGCGUAACUGAGCAAAAAGCCACAAACCUUAUCCGUCUACAAAAAAAAAUAGCUCACCGAGAAAUUCUCAAGCAGUAGCAAUGGAAGAGAAAACGCCGGCGUUACCGAUUUCUGAAGACUUAUCCCGGAAAAUAAUCUCUCUUGCCGCCGGUGAAGCGCAUACGAUCGCUCUGACCGGUGAUGGAUGUGUUUACUCAUGGGGAAGAGGAAUGUUUGGCCGUCUUGGUACGGGUAAGGAAUCGGACGAGCUUGUUCCUGUUCGAGUCAAGUUCGAGUUCCCGGAUCAAGUAGCUGGAGAUGGGCCUCGAAUCGUUGGAAUUGCUGCUGGUGCUUAUCACAGUCUCGCUAUCUCAGAUGAUGGCUCGGUUUGGUCUUGGGGUUAUAACAUCUAUGGCCAACUUGGUUUUGAUGGGGACAACUCCUUGGCACCAUACUUGUUCAAAAAUUUCUUUGAGCAAGGAGGAUCUAAUUCCUCUCUAAAUGAUUCAGGUAGAUCAGAUUUAAAGGUUUGUUCUGUCAAGGCCGGAUCCAUGAUGUCGCUUGCCAUUGAUAAUGUUGGAGGUCUUUGGAUGUGGGGGAAUGUUCCUCAACAAGACAGUGGGGCUGAGCCUCGUGUGACUAUUACAAGCAUCCCGAUUCCAUUUCCUAUACCCGAGUUCCAUGGCCGGACUGUUUUGAAGGUAGCAUGUGGGGAUGAACACGUUGUUGCCCUCGUUGGUCUGGGGGGGAUCCACAAAGACACCAGUUGUGAUGAUUCUGUGUUGUAUUCUUGGGGAAAUAAUCAUCAUGGACAGUUAGGGCUUGGGGAUAGAGAGAGCCGAGCAAGGCCUCAGAUUGUGGACACAUUUAACCAGAACUCUGGUCUUACAGUCUAUGACAUAGCUUGUGGUGCUCAUCACACAGCUCUUCUCACCUACAGCAAAGAGACACCGAAAGGACCGAGCAUUUGCUGGACAUUCGGCUUUGGCGAAAAUGGUCAGCUUGGGCAUGGAAUUACCAAGAGCAAAUCGAUUGCAGAGCCAGUUUCAGAGCUCCCUGAACACACUUAUUUAGUUUCUGUAGACUGUGGGUUAUUCCACACAAGUGUUGUGUCAUCUGAGGGAUUUGUGUGGUCGUGGGGAAUGGAGAGAGGUCUAGGGUUAUGCCCCGAUGUCAACUUUACAGAUGUGGAACCAGGAGAUGACAGUAUACCAAGAAAAAUUUCAGGUGGUUCAAGAUUUCGUGACCCAGUGCAAGUUUCUUGCGGGGCUGCACAUACAGUUCUUGUGGCAAAUGGUGGUUAUAAGCUGUGGUCUUGGGGACGAGGAAGAAAUGGAGUGCUCGGGACUGGGAAUGUUAGCGACAGUUAUGUCCCUACUCUUGUCUUCUGGCCGAAUGAGCUGAAACCGGAGAAAGAAGAAGUACCUGAUGCUGAAAAAAGCGCAUCAACCGAGGAGAUUAAACGGCUAGAAUCAAAGCUAAUGGUGAUGGAAAGAUAUGCAAGCAUACUGCAUGGAUCCAUAUUUGGAAAACCGUUCAACGAAGAAGAAGAUAUUCCAUAUUCAUUACGGGUUACCGGGUAUUUUGAUAUGGGCAAAGAGUGGGGAGAGAUGCUGGAGAGUGCAGACAAGAGUCAGCUAAUGAGGCUUCAAGCUUUCUAUGAAGACAUGAUUGGUAGGGUUAAAGACAAGGUGUUGCAGAGAAGGAUUCAAGAGAUUAUGAAAGAUUGUCUUCAAUCUUCAGCCCCUAAACAUUAAAUAUCACCUGUGUGUUCUAAAAGCCAAAUUAAAGACCUUUACUUAAACUGACAAUAGUUGUUUUAUCUUCAGUUUAUGUGUGUUUAAGUGUUUUGUGCAAAUGAUAAUCAGAACGAGUUUUGUUA